AUGACAAGUUCAGUGCCAGAAGGAACAAGCAGAAAGAGUGAAACUACCACCAUAUCAUCAAAGCCAUCUCUUCAUACAACCACUACAGAAGGCCCUGUAACAUCCACCCAGAGAGCCACAACUGAAUCUGUCGAAACUACGUUCUCAGAAACAACAGUGAAGAUUGGAACAACAAACCCCUCAAAGGUUGGCACAACAGGUCCAGUGACUGGCUCCAUUACAGAAGUUGUUGAAUCCACAACUGAAGUACCAGGAAUCAUUUCAACCAGCCCAGAAACAACACUUGUCACAUCUAAGCCCUCUGUUGUUACCAAAACUACAGCUACACCUUCCAGAACAACCGGAGCAAUUACAACCAAAGCUUCUGAAGCAUCUACAACCCAAGGUUCCUCAACUAAUGUCGGUACAAGAAAGCCCAUUGAAGCUACCUCUGGUCAAUUAACAUUCUCCACCACAGCAAUUGUUGAAAUGACAAGUUCAGUGCCAGAAGGAACAAGCAGAAAGAGUGAAACUACCACCAUAUCAUCAAAGCCAUCUCUUCAUACAACCACUACAGAAGGCCCUGUAACAUCCACCCAGAGAGCCACAACUGAAUAUGUCGAAACUACGUUCUCAGAAACAACAGUGAAGAUUGGAACAACAAACCCCUCAAAGGUUGGCACAACAGGUCCAGUGACUGGCUCCAUUACAGAAGUUGUUGAAUCCACAACUGAAGUACCAGGAAUCAUUUCAACCAGCCCAGAAACAACACUUGUCACAUCUAAGCCCUCUGUUGUUACCAAAACUACAGCUACACCUUCCAGAACAACCGGAGCAAUUACAACCAAAGCUUCUGAAGCAUCUACAACCCAAGGUUCCUCAACUAAUGUCGGUACAAGAAAGCCCAUUGAAGCUACCUCUGGUCAAUUAACAUUCUCCACCACAGCAAUUGUUGAAAUGACAAGUUCAGUGCCAGAAGGAACAAGCAGAAAGAGUGAAACUACCACCAUAUCAUCAAAGCCAUCUCUUCAUACAACCACUACAGAAGGCCCUGUAACAUCCACCCAGAGAGCCACAACUGAAUCUGUCGAAACUACGUUCUCAGAAACAACAGUGAAGAUUGGAACAACAAACCCCUCAAAAGUUGGCACAACAGGUCCAAUUAAUGUAACUGUUCCACUCUCAACCUCUCGUACUUCAAUUCCUACUCCUACAACCAGCUCAAUCUUUCAGUCUUUACCGACACAUCAUAGAAGUACAACAUCAUUUUUUCCUUCAAUAUCAACACAGGUAUUUCCCCUUCGUACAACAAGGGUCACAAUUCAGACCGAGUCUCCAAGAAUAUCACCUCUUGUCACAAGCUCUGAAACAACCUUUGCUGUUAUAACCGGACAGCUACACACAUCAAGCGUGCUUACAAACCCAUCCAUAAAAAUCACAACAGGCUUAACCACUGAAAGUCCAGUAACUGCUACAACUGUCAUUGCACCCAUGACAAAGACACUCCCAGGAAGUACAACAAUUUAUCCUCCUACAUCAACUACACACACAACCGGAGCAACUUUUCCUUCAACGUCACAGUUUACCACUGCUUCAUGUGUGUGUAAUAUUAACGGAACAUCUCAUCUUCCGGGAGACUUGUUAUACAAUGUUACUGAUGGCCUUGGGUGGUGUUACAGUGCAUAUUGCAAUGCAUCCUGUAAAGUUGAAACACAGUCCAGCCCAUGUCCAACCACAUCAAUGUCUAGCACUACUGCACGUUCUUCUACUUCAUUACUGAGCUCAACCACAAAGGCCCCAUCUUCAAGCUCUGGACCCCUGACCACAGUAACAACAGUAGCAUCUACAGCUACUCUAGAGUGCUCUGAUGUGUAUCCACCUAGAAAGAAUGGAGAGUCCUGGAAUACUAGCAAUUGCACCACAGCGACUUGCGUCGAAGGCAAGGUAACGGUCACAGCUACAGUCUGUCCAAAUGUAACCCUCCCCAUCUGUACCAAUGGGAGGAAACCUGUCAAGAUUUAUGAACAAAAUGGAUGUUGCUUCCACUAUGAAUGUGAAUGUGUAUGUAAUGUCUGGAGUGGAUCCAACUACAUGACAUUUGAUGGACAAAUGUAUAAUUUUCAACAGAAUUGCUCUUAUUACUUAGUUAAGGAGAUUAUUUCAAAAUAUAACUUGACAAUUACUAGAAGCAAUAUCUGUGAUCCUUCAGACAGCACAUUCUGUCCUCUGGCUCUAAGUGUCACAUAUCAAUCAGUAAAGGUAGUUUUGACUCAAGUGAAAACUUCAGGAACACCAACCAAUGUGGUGUAUGUGAAUCAGAAACGUGUCUAUCCAGCAUAUAGCAAUUCUGUCAUGCUGCUCUAUGGCACAGAUAUGGAGAUCACAGCAGUGAUACAGGAUAUCAACACAAAAAUAGUCUAUCGGGGCUCCUCCUUCAGUAUUGACCUUCCUUAUUCUCUAUUUGGGGGAAACACUGAGGGACAAUGUGGUACCUGUGACAACUCGCAGGCCAAUGACUGCCGUUCUCCAAAUGGCCAGAUAGAAAGCUGCUCAGAAUCUGCAGGACUCUGGACUGUCCCUGGGACCAGCUGUGUCUCCCCAAGCCUCCCUUCUGUUACUGCAACAGCACAACCUCUAACAUCUUCAUCCCAGCACCCAAAUCCAACAACACAACCAACCUGCAAACCUGCCAUCUGUGAGCUACUUAUGAGCAGUUUAUUCACCCCGUGCCACUCAUUCAUAUCCCCUUCACCAUUUGUGAGCUCUUGCACCUAUGAAAUUUGUAAUGGCGGUAAUGACACGUGCUCCAGCCUGGAGGCGUAUGCUGCUGAGUGUUCCAAAGCAGGAGUCUGUAUUGACUGGAGGAGUGACACCAACGGACUGUGUGAGCACAGAUGUCCAAACAACAAAGUGUACAUGGCCUGUGGUCCCUUAGUAGAGCCCACAUGCAAUGACAGAUACAACAAGAUGUUUCAGGCAGAUGUGACAUCUUCAGCCAACUACACCCAGGAAGGCUGCUUCUGUCCUCAGGGCACCACGUUGUUCAACACAGUCUAUGACACAUGUGUCGCCUCCUGCGAUUGUGUUGGACCAGAUGGAAAACCCAAACAGCCAGGGGAAACAUGGACCAGUGAGUGCAGCAGCUGUGAGUGUGACCAGGACUCCAUGAGUGUCCGCUGUGAGCCGGUGACCUGUCCUGAGGUCCAGGAGCCCAACUGCAGUGAGCCCGGCCAGCAGCUGACCAACACAACCCAAGGCUGCUGCACAACGCAGACCUGUGAAUGCAACCUGAACCUGUGUGCUGGUCCUUCGGCCUGCCCUCUGGGCUUCCAGCUUCACGUGUCCAACAGGACCUGCUGCCCAUCCUAUGAGUGUGUUCCUAAAGGUGUGUGUGUCUAUGACAUGACUGAGUUCCAGCCUGGUACCAAGAUACCGACACCUCAGACAAUAACAGAAGCUCCACUGGAGGAGGUGUCGAUCGCCGCAGCACCAUCCGGGACAGGAGGAGGUGGACAGGAGGAGUCUUUCAUUCCUGCAGCCUGCCAGGAGUGUUACUGCGGCCCCGACACACACCCCACCACCAAACUCAACGUCAUCACAUGCACACCUGUUGUCUGCCACACAAACUGCUCUGAAGGGUUUGAGUAUCAACCUGCAGCAGGUCAGUGCUGUGGUUCAUGUGUACAGAAAAGCUGCAUUCUCACCACUUCUGGGAACAACACAGUCCAGAUCAUUGAGGUCAACAACACGUUUGUCCCACCUGGUGAUAAGUGUGUGCAAUACACAUGUGAGGAGAUUAACGGACAGAUUUUGAUGAAGGAAACAAAGACCAUUUGUCCUCCCUUCAACCCGCUGGACUGUGAACCUGAAACUGAAAAGACCGACGCCUCUGGCUGCUGCACAACCUGUCGGCUCCAGAGUGUCUGCCAGGUGGAGAGUCAGCAGAUCAGAGUUGAGGUGAACCACUGUGUCAGUGCCAUGCCGGUCAAUGUUACAUCAUGUGUGGGAAACUGCAGGAGCUCAUCUAUGUACUCAGCUGCAGCCAACUCCAUGAUGCACCAGUGUGAGUGUUGCCAGGAGGCCACAACCAGCAGGAAGCAGGUGGAGCUGACCUGUGCUGACGGCUCCACCCUGCAGCAUAGCUACAGCCAUGUGGAAAGCUGCCGCUGCAGGACGGAGACGUGCUCAGCUGGCGCCACAACCAGAGCCCAGCGCCGCAGGAAGCGCUGACCUGUUCCUCAAUCACACCAGGGAACAACUUUUUCACACUUUAUAGCACAAUAUGCUCUUCUACAGAGUCUGUUAGGAUUAAACUAUGUCUGUAUUUCUCACUGAUAAGAAAUAAAAUAUGUCUGCAAAAUGA